GAGUAAUGGCCAGCCAGGAUCUGUGUGAACACCAAGCCAAAAAUGCAACUUUGCGCCUCAGUUGUUAGUUAAUUUAUGUUAUUUUGGGGACUGAAUGGUCGUCGGGGAAAGUCCGUAGCCUACUUAUUCUUUGCAUUCAAUUGAAGAGCAUUGAAGAGAAUUUCGCCCGGGAAUGUGAUAACACCUGUGUUUGGAGUUAAUGUUUUAAAAUAAUCUUCUCUUGAAUUUGGGUAAAGUAGUCAAUUGGAAAGCGAUAGAACUGAGCGUAAGUGGUCGUCAGUGGCAGAAUUAACGCUCUUGUGGCCCGUUAAGUUUUCAUCAUGGGAACAUAUGUCUGGUUUCCAGCGUUCUACGCGUUUAUCGUCUGUGGAUAUUUAGCGUUUUUCUCUGGGGUACUUUUCCCACAAGCAGAAGCGGGGUGCAGGGAGAGAGAAAGCCCACAUUGCUGUACCGGGAGAAAUAACGAAUGUUUUGAGUACACGAAGCGUAAAACUGUGUGCUACUGCGAUUCGUACUGUCAGAAAACAGGGGACUGCUGCGAGGACUAUCGGCAUGUUUGUCAAAUAUCUGCCGUUGCCUGCGUGGUGGGGCCAUGGGGUCCAUGGUCAUCCUGCACCUCACCCUGUGGUGUGGGGAGCACUGAGAGGAGUCGCCUUGUAACUGUUCCUCCCAGAAAUGGAGGCACACCCUGUCUGGACCUCAAGCAACGCCGGGGAUGCUUUGGAAACAACGACAUUUGUAGCUCUGCUAAAGAGGUGGCCAAAAUCCUGCCUGACUCUUUCAAGAGGAACUUUAAGGAUCCCUGGAGACGACCACACAUGCUGAUGAAGAAUGAGAAGCUCAGUUAUUGUGUGUAUAUGCGUGUGAAGCAGGCCAGUGCAGCGUGCAGUCUUAACUUAUGGAGUGCGCAGCUGGUCAGAGAGAGACUGGUCUGCUCAGAGUGCCAGAGUGAAGCCAUGGCAACAACAGAUGGUUGCGGUGGAGAUGGACUACAGAGCACCAGAACAUUCUGGACAGCAGCUUCUGUCCCAGGUUGUCAUGGCUCCUGGGUGAGGGAAUCUUCUUCCAGAAAUUGCAGUUGUCCCGCCUACUCAGUCCUAUUUGUGUAACCCACCACCCUCCAGACUUCCCCCUAUGGGGACACGGAACAUGGGGACAUCCCAACAGCUCCAAUUCAGCCGAUGGAAAACCUGCCGGUCAACAUGGACCCCUCUAAAUCAAGUUAUAGGAGAGGGAAUUUAAGGAGAUCAGCAGUGUUCUGCCACUUUUCUCUUACACUUCAUUUACUGUAUACACUCUUUAUAAAAAGCACACAGAGACACACACUUAUGUACCUAUACACAAUACUGUAAUACUAAUACAGCCACAAUAAUUAUGAUUUUCUUCUCCUUCAAAGCACAAUAUAUACUAUGCCUUUUUACCUCUGAAAACUUUGCUAUCUACCUCCA